AGGGGCUUUGCUAAAUUGAGUUGGUUUCUGAUAGUUAGCUACUGUUGUAACUAACUCAUUCUUGUAUUUGUGUAUAAAAAAAAAGACUUUAUUCGUUUUCUUUCUCUGUAAUGAUUGAAUGAAUAAACUCUGCCUUUUCUAUCUCUCUAUUUUCUUCCUCUUCUUCCUAAAAUGAUAUCACAGCCAUGUUAAUCAUGGUGCUCUGUUAUUCGUUUCGUUUAUGAUUACUGGUUUUUCUCUUGAAUCUCUUGUUGUCCAUGGCGCGAGGAAGGAUAAACACUCGAAGCCAGACGACUCAAGGGACUACUUUUGAGGAUUUAAAUCCCUUCUCUGUUCUUGAACCUAAUUCCAGAUCUCAUAACGAUCCUAAUCGUGAUUCGUAUUAUCCCUCCAACAAUGAUCAUCCUAGUGCCAAUUUUGUCCUUAAAAUUCUUACUGAAAGUGAUAAUUAUCACUCAUGGAAGCGUACAAUGACAAUUGCUUUGCUUGCGAGAAAUAAGAUGCAAUUCGUCAAUAGAAAGCUUACUCAACCUGAUGAGGAUGAUGAAGACUAUGAUGCUUGGAAUCGAUGCAACAACCUUGUCGUCUCGUGGUAACUUCACUCUAUAUCACAAGAAAUUUGUGAAAGUAUAAUGUACAUGAAUGUUGCAGCUGAUUUCUAGGAUGAUCUUCAACAAAGGUUUAGACAAAGGAACGCUCCAAGGAUUUUUCAAGCUAACAGAUCAAUGCAGCUACUGAAUCAAGGUGCUAUGGAUGUUACUACCUAUUUAACUCGAAGAAAAGUCCUAUGGGACUUAAUUCAAGAGUAUAGACCACUGCCUCAUUGUCAAUGUGGUGCUAUGAAAAUCAUACAAGGAUAUCAAGAGGAAGACAAGGUCCUUGAGUUUUUGAUAGGAUUGAAUGAGUCUUACAACAAUGUAAGAUCUCAUAUCCUAAUGCAAGAACCACUUCCUAUGAUCAACAGAGCCUAUGCUUCUAUUAUACAAGAAAAAAAGACAAAGAGAGAUUUGUUCUAACAACUCUGAAACCAGCAAAGACUCUAAUACUCUUACUGUUGGAACUUCUAAUGAUCAAUUUGCUAGAAACUCCAAUUUCAACAGAUCUAAAGUCACUUGUUCUCACUGUGGAAUUCUUGGUCAUACCAUGUCCAAGUGCUAUAAGAUUUAUAGAUAUCCACCAGGACAUAAAUACUAUUCAAGAUUUCCAGCUCGAGAUUCUUGUGCUUCACAAAUUGGGAAAGCUACUGCUAAAUUCUUAGGACCUCAACAAAGCCAGAGUAAUCAAGUGGAUCAGCCUAGAGAGAAUGAUCAAGAUCUCAUUGCUAGCCUUACUGUGCAAUGUCAGAAAUUACUGAGCAUGUUGUCUCAGAAAAAUUCAGAUCAGUCCUCCUCUCAACCUAAUGCAGAUCAGCCACUUGUGUCCCAUUUCUCUGGGCAUUAUGAGGACUCAGCAGAUUGGGAUGGGUGAAAGGAUAGGAAAUCUUUACUACUUGAAACUGCCUCAGGAAACCAGUCCUCCUGCUGCUGUUUUUUCAAUUUUAGAUUCUAAGAUUUGUGAUGAAACAUUGUGGCACUAUAGAUUAGGCCACCCCUCUUGUAUCAAGUCUCAUCCUUUAAAUAAGAAAUUAAAAUUCAAUCA